AUGCCUGACUUCAGGAUCUCCGCUUCUUUGGAGGGCCACGGCGAUGAUGUCCGCGCUGUGGCUUUCGUGAACUCCAAUGCUGUCCUUACGGCCUCUCGAGAUGCAACGGCUCGCCUGUGGAAGCGUGUCUCUACCCCGCCUCCUACCUACGAUUACUCCAUCGUUUCCCACGGCUCCGGCUUCAUCAACACCUUAGCAUAUUAUCCCCCGACACCCGAGUUUCCUGAAGGCCUCGUCCUUUCCGGCGGUCAAGAUACCAUAAUUGAAGCCAGACAACCGGGGAAAGUAGCCGACGACAAUGCUGACGCAAUGCUCCUGGGCCACGCCGGCAACGUCUGCGCCUUGGAUGUCUGUCCCGAAGGGGGGUGGGUUGUCAGCGGUGCUUGGGACUCAACGGCGAGACUAUGGCGCGUGGGCUGCGCCGACAAACUCAUUCGCAUAUUCAAUACGUCUGGAAACCUUAUAAGAACCAUCAAGGACUCUCGCGACGUUGUCCGCGCCCUUUGCAGACUUCCUGCUUCCAAUCCGACUGGUGCACACUUCGCCGCCGCCAGUAACGACGGUAUUAUCCGACUCUACACUAUCCAGGGUGAUAUAGUCGCUGAGCUGCAUGGCCACGAGAGCUUCAUCUACUCUCUUGACGCCCUGCCCUCGGGCGAAUUGGUUAGUUCGGGAGAAGACCGUACGGUCAGAGUGUGGAGCGGGACACAGUGCGUCCAGACUAUCACUCACCCCGCUAUAUCCGUCUGGAGCGUUGCAGCCUGCAGGGAGAAUGGCGAUAUCAUCACCGGUGCGAGCGACCGCAUCGCCCGGGUCUUUAGUCGCAGCGAAGAUCGGAUAGCGAGCCCCAACGUUGUGCAACACUUCGAGCAGACUGUGAAAGAAUCCGCCAUCCCGCAGCAGCAAGUUGGAAACAUCAAUAAGGAGAAGCUCCCUGGGCCGGAGUUCCUCAAACAGAAGUCGGGAACCAAAGAUGGACAGGUGCAGAUGAUCCGGGAAGACAACGGCAGUAUCACCGCGCACACUUGGUCUGCAGCCUCGCACGAAUGGGUCGCUGUCGGCACGGUUGUCGAUGCCGCUGCCAGCAGUGGCAAGAGAACAGAGUACCUCGGACAAGAUUACGACUACGUAUUCGAUGUCGACGUGGAAGACGGCAAGCCUCCUUUGAAACUACCUUACAAUGUUUCUCAAAAUCCUUACGAAGCUGCGACAAAGUUCAUCCAGGACAACGAACUCCCCAUGAGCUACUUGGAUCAGGUGGCGCAGUUUAUCGUCCAGAACACGCAGGGUGCAACCCUGGGUCAGUCUAGUCAGGAGCCUGCAGGAUCCGAUCCCUGGGGCCAGGACAGACGCUACCGCCCGGGUGAUGCUGCUCCUGAGCCUCCAACUAUCCCUGAGUCUCGUCCUAAAGUUCUUCCUCAGAAAACCUACCUCUCCAUCAAGUCCGCAAACCUCAAAGUAAUCGCCAAGAAGCUGGGCGAAAUCAACGACCAGCUCGUGUCAUCAGGGUCGAAGGAAUUGUCUCUGAGCCCCCCUGAAGUGGAGACGGUGGUGGCUCUGUGUGGACAGCUCGAAUCCUCGGACCGUCUCAAGCCCUCGCCUGUCGUCGAAAGUGGCGUGUCUUUGCUGUUUAAGAUUGCAACUUCAUGGCCGGUUCCGAACCGACUCCCGGGUCUCGACCUGCUCCGUUUGUGCGCGGCAUCCACUCCAGUGACGGCUACCGUCGACUACAGUGGCCAGGAUCUGAUCUCUGGCCUUCAGGCAAGCGGGGUCUUCAAUGCACCGCUGAAUGUCAAUAACGCAAUGCUGGCCACACGUAUGUUUGCCAAUCUGUUCGAAACCGACGCCGGUCGUCAACUGGUUGUGAGCAAAUUCGAUCAAAUCGUGAGUGCUGUGCAGUCGGCAUUGGCAAAUAGCGGAGCCACACCCAACCGCAAUCUGACCAUUGCGGUGGCGACGUUAUACAUCAACUUUGCUGUUUAUUUCACCUCUGAAGGCCGGGAGUCUGCGCCCGAGUCUGCCGAGCGGGGCCUGGUGCUUCUCGCGGACUUGACGAAGAUGCUUACCGGUGAGAAGGACUCGGAAGCCGUAUAUCGCAGCCUGGUGGCGUUGGGGACAUUGGUGACGUCUCUCGGAGAGGAAAUUAAGAGUGCUGCGAAGGAGGUUUAUGACGUGGAGAAGAUUUUCGGGGUGGUGAUGGGGUCUGGUCUUGGGAAAGAACCAAGAAUCAAGAGCAUUGUUGGGGAGAUCCGAGCAGCCAUGUCGUGA